AUGGCGCCCUCCCAGUGCCUCCUAGCGGCCUCGUUUACGCUAGGAGUUCUCUCCAACGCGAUGACACUGGAGGAGGCAAAGAAAGACGCAGACGCCUUCAUCUUCUUCGACCCCUCGCCCUGCAGUCGCCUCUUCCACGCCGGCGUGUCCGCAGUCCUGGUGUACGGCACCCUCACUUUAAUGCUGGUGCUGAUUUCCAUCUUUUCCAAACAGGCUGGAGCUGUCCGAAGACCACGAGCGGGCACGGCCAAAAGAGAGUCUUCUUCAGCCGUCGCCAGGGUCUUCAGGAAGGGCAGUAAAGCUUCCGAUUUCACAAAAGUCAAUGAAGACGUGGCAAGACGUGAUGGUGAACUAGUCCAGCACCCGGAUGGAGUUUCCAUAGAUCUGGGCGAGAAGUUCUUUCAGCGCGAAAUCAUGCGGCUGUUAGAAACGCCCCCAGCAGUUAAGCAUAUCAUCGACUGGGCCAAACUUACAAGGAUUCUGGAACAACCGCUUGCAGGCGCAUGUUGUAGUCCGUUCGCCAUCGUUCCCCCUCUGCCCCCUAACUAG